AUGAUUUGGCAGUUCUGGGCCUCCUGUUUAUUCUCCCUGUUCCUGGUGGGCUUUACUCAGCAGAUUCUAAAGCCAGAACAAAUGAAGGUGGAUUGCAACAAGGAUGUGGCAGGCACCAUCUAUGAGUAUGGAGCACUCACCCUGGAUGGCGAAUACAUCCAGUUCAAGCAGUACGCAGGCAAGCAUGUCCUCUUUGUCAACGUGGCCACCUACUGAGGCUUGGCAGUUCAGUACCCUGAAUUGAAUGCACUACAGGAGGACCUGAGGGAUUUUGGUGUCAUUAUUUUGGGCUUUCCCUGCAAUCAGUUUGGAAAAGAAGAACCAGGAAAGAGCCCAGAAGAGAUCCUUUCUGGGCUCAAGUAUGUGCGUCCAGGUGGAGGCUUUGUCCCCAAUUUCCAGCUUUUUGAAAAAGGGGAUGUGAAUGGAGAAAAUGAACAGAAAGUCUUUACUUUCCUGAAGAACUCCUGCCCUCCGACCUCUGAUGUUUUGGGCUCAUCAAAGCAUCUCUUCUGGGAGCCCAUGAAGGUCCAUGACAUCCGCUGGAACUUUGAGAAGUUCCUGGUGGGACCUAAUGGAGUUCCUGUCAUGCGCUGGUACCACCGGGCUCCAGUCAGCAAGGUCAAGUCAGACAUCCAAGAGUACCUAAAGCAGGAUACUUAG